AUGGGGAACUGUGGGUGCCCACGUGUCCCGUGCAUGUCGGGUCCAAAUAUAUCAUAUAAUGCUUGUACAUCUUUUAUCAUGAAAGUAGUUGGUAUGGACUUGCCACAUCGCAGUAGAUCGUCGGCUUCGGUAACUAUAUGGGAAUAUUUAGUAGCUCUUUCAGUUAAUCAACUAAACUUUGGUCCAAAUGCAACUUGGAAUCAAAAUGCAACAACUUUUGCAAAUCAAACCACAGUUGGCUCAAGCCCUUGUGGAAUUUUUGUCAAUACAAACAAUUCGAUCUAUGUAGCUGAUAAACAAAAUAAUCGAAUUCAAGUGUGGACCAACAAUAAUAUUGAUCCGACAAUGACAAUUUAUGGCAAUUUAUCCUCACCAAUGACUCUUUUCGUGACGACUAAUGGUGAUAUUUAUGUCGAUAAUGGUAACAACCAACAAGUUGAUAAAUUCACACAGAACACAAACAACAGUGUCUCUGUUAUGAAUGUGAAUGAAGCAUGCUUUGGUCUCUUUAUUGAUAUCAAUGAUACUUUAUACUGUUCACUGGUUUAUUAUAAUCAAGUGAUUAAAAAGUGGUUGAAUGAUAAUACAAAUACAUCGAUCAUUGCUGCUGGUACGAGUGGCUCGGGCUCUGCCCCAAACGCUUUUAAUGGUCCUCGGGGAAUCUUUGUUAAUAUCAACUUUGAUCUCUAUGUGGCAGAUGCGAAUAACAAUCGAAUUCAACUUUUCCACUCUGGUCAGUUAAAUGGAACAACAGUGGCGGGAAAUGGAUCAACAAAUUUCACCAUUUCACUCUCUGGUCCAACUGGAAUAGUCCUCGAUGCUAAUAAUUAUCUAUUCAUUGUGGAUAGUGUGAAUAAUCGUAUUGUUGGAUCAGGACCAAAUGGUUUUCAAUGUUUAGUUGGAUGUUCUCAAGUAGCAGGUUCAGCAUCCAAUCAAUUAAACCAUCCACUGGCUCUUAGUUUCGAUAGUUCUGGCAACAUGUAUGUCACUGAUCAGAAUAAUAAUCGAAUUCAAAAAUUUGAUUUGUUAACAAAUUGUUGUGGUAAGUGUAAAGUAUUUAUUUUGAAAUUUUGAUUUUUAAGAUAAAAAAUCUUUUAGAAAUGAAGAAAAAGUGAAAUAUUUUUGUAAGAGAAUAUAAAAUGAAUAAUAAUCGACAAGAAACGAAAUUUGAUUUUUUAAUAAUUACAAAAACUUAUUUUCUGAGAUUUAUUAAAUAAUUCGAAUAUUUAUUAGAAAAACAUCUCUUCAAUAUUAUUAUGAACAACUGUUUAUAUCGGCAGAUAGUUUCAUUCUAACUUAACAAAACGAUCAUUUUUUCAAAUUUAGUUUGACUUGAAAGACCUUGAGAGUGAAAGAAUCUGUUUUCUUUUCAUAAAUGUAUUGUUCUACAUAGUUUUAGUCCUCAUAUAAGUUUGUUUUCAUUAAAAUAAUCAAAUGGAAAUGCUUAGAUUAAUUAGUUGAAUAAAUAAAGAUAAAUAAUUCUCAAUGAUGAAGGAAUUGAGAUAUUUCCAUUUGAAUUUAUUUAGUUUUAUUUAAAAAAAAGAAAAAUAUUUUGAUUUUUAUUGCAAUAGUUCAAUUAUUGUCUUUUAUCUGCAAGAAAAUCUCAUCUAUAGUUACGAACGAUGAAAACUAAUGAAUGAAAUCUUCAAUCCAUGUCGACAUGUGAAAAGUGAAGAUUACUCCCUAGAAAAAUAAACAUUAGAGUUAAAAAACAUUAGUAGUCCUUCGCUCAUCAAGUUGCUUAUUUUGAUUCUGUUAUUUAUGAGAGAUAACUAAUCAUUUCAUCACACAUUGACAAACGAAAUAAAAGACAUUUGAAAAUAAAAAUAGAAUGACGAAGAUUUUGAAAAACAAAAAUUUAACGAGUAGAGCAUAAAGAAUGGAAUAGUUUGAUUUGCCUUUUAUUAAAGCUAAAAACUACGGUUUGGAGAUAUCGUUCUAAGCUCAUUCGACAGAGACUUUUUCGCUCUACAAAACUGUUUACCGUGUUUUCCAACUAGGUUUUAUUUCUAGACGGAAGAUCGAAAAGAUUGACAGUCCCUCAUCUGCGAUUGUUAGGAAACAAUGUUAUUAUCAAUUCUUAAUUCGAGACAAUGAAAUAGUUUUUUGUUAUUUAGUUUAAUGCGGAAUCAUUUUGUUCAGAGUAAAAUUCUGCAUUCAAAGGUGUAAAUCAUAAACGACUCGUCGAACAUGACUAACUUCUAAAAAUAUAAAUUUGGAAAGUAAUAUUCAAAACUAAAAUAGUGUCAGAUGUUGUUUCCAAAUCUUUUGGGCCUAAAUAGUAUCAACAGGGAUCUUAGAAACAUCUUACCAAAAUAGAGUAUAAAAUUGUCUAUUUAUUGAUGCGAGAUUUAUUUCAUUUAUCAAAAGAUUUGAUAUGGGCGCAGAGUUAAAUGAAUAGAUAGAUGUUCGAAGGGUACAAGUGUAGAAUAGGGACAC